AUGCAGAGAACGGCUCUAUUACCUUGGUUGUAUGUGUCCAGCAACAUCCAGAACUAUCCUUCCAGUUGCCAGAAUGCCUGCGAUGGAGUCACUCCCAACCAGACAGACCCCAUUUCGAUGAGCUACUAUUGCGAUAACUGUAUCUGCAACAACAAGCUGCUCGGACCCGCCAACUUCGUCCCUGCCAGUAAUUUCACCGAUUUCUUCAUCGACUGGAAGCCGCUGGACAGCCAAUGCCCGCAAGACUGGCUCUGUACAUGGACCAACUGGGCCAGCGCAGGUCCCUUCAACAACACCGCCUAUUAUUUCCCCCAGAACCUUGGAUUCAAGGGAUGCGCCGAGACGGUGACGGUGGAAGUCGGUACCCAUCUCGAUCGGUUCGGCCAGCCCAACGGCAGCUGGCUCGCGACGCCAGAGACCCCUUUCGCAGAGCGGGCAAUCCCACCCAGCAAUUUGAAUGUUUUCAGCGGCAGUACUCUCUACAACUAUUGGCAAUAUGAGGUCAAAAAGCCCUUCCUCGCUCUGUACGGCAAGGUUCUGCCUUGGUUCGGUCAGCCGGGUGGGGGAGACCAGUGGUACGUGGAAGGGGGAUUGGGACCGCUCAUCGAUAAUGGAUCACUUGUUCUGGUGGCUGCGAAGACUUACGACCAUGAUCCAACUUCCGUCCAUGCCAGCCACGGAAGCCCGGAUGCUCACUGA